UAAAUAAAUCUAUAAAAGGGGCCGCCUUUUGCUGGUGCCUUUACUUUCACUCCUGUUCUUAUCCUCAUUUUUCUUUUUAUUUUUCUCCGUUGAAAUCAAUUAGCAAGCACCCAAAUAAACAAAGCCCACUUUCCUCCAAAGAUUGCACUUAAAGCAUCCUGCUUUAAAGCUUGAAUCUUGAUUCUUAAUGGCUAUGGCAGAGAAGGGUAAAAUGGGUAUUUUGAGAAAUAAUGAAGGUGGUGAUGAUGUGAUUGCAGAGAUGAUGGAGAUGAUAGAGACAGUGGGAUCUUAUACUAAUUUCAGAAGAACACAGAGAAAAGAGUGUUUGAAGCUUGUAAGAAGGUUGAAGCUUUUAAUCCCACUUUUGGAAGAGACUAAAGAGUUGAAUCAAGCAAUACCCACAAGGGCAUUUCAGUCUUUUGUUCAUUUGAAAAAGGCCUUGCUUUCUGCUAAGAAGUUGCUGAAGCAAUGCAACUUUGGAAGCAAGAUCUUUCUGGCAUUGGAGGGUGAUGCAGUGAUGUGUAGAUUUCAUGGUGUGUAUGAUAAGUUGAAUGAAGCUUUGGAUGGAUUGAUGAUGUAUGAAGAACUUGGAAUUACUGAAGAAGUUCAAGAGCAGAUUGAGCUACUUCAGAAGCAACUACAAGGAGCGAAACGAAGAACGGAUACAUUAGACAUAGAACUAGCCAUGGACAUGAUGAUUAUUUUCUCAAAAGACGAUGAAAGAAACGCGGAUAUCGCAAUCUUAGAAAGACUUGCAAAAAAACUAGAUUUGUAUUCCAUCGGAGACUUAGAACUCGAGACGGUAGCUGUUAAAAAACUCGUUAAAGAAAGAGGUUCCACAAAGCACGUAGAGAGUACCCAACAGAUCGUGGAUCUCUUGAAGAAAUUCAAAAAAGUUGCAGGCUUUGAUGAGAAUAACGGCAACGUUCUCGAAGAUUCUCCGACAUUAAGAUGCUUAGACCGAUGCCUAUCGUUGCUAGUUCCCCAUGAGUUUCUUUGUCCGAUAUCGCUUGAGAUCAUGACGGAUCCUGUUAUAAUCGCUACUGGACAGACGUAUGAGCGGGAAAAUAUCCAAAAAUGGUUGAACUCAAAUCAUCGAACGUGCCCGAAGACAGGGGAAACGUUGAGUCACCUAGCGCUCGCCCCUAAUUUCGCACUUCGGAAUCUCAUUAUUCAAUGGUGUGAAAAGAACAACUUCGAGUUACCAAAAAAGGAAAGUUACAUGAUGUCAGAAGACCAAAACGCUUUCAUAGACGAGGUAUAUUCGUUGGUUCAAAACAUGUCAUCGAGUCAACUCAGCACACAAAUUCAAGCCGUUGAGAAGAUAAGAAUGCUGUCAAAGGAGAAUCCCGAAAACAGAAUCUUGAUAGCGAAUUGUGGAGCAAUCCCGCCUUUGGUCAAACUCUUGUAUUCCCCGAACCAAAAAGUCAAAGAACAUUCGGUGACCGCGUUGUUGAACUUGUCACUUGAUGAGGCUAAUAAGCGACUUAUAGCACGAGAGGGUGCGAUCCCUGCUGUUAUCGAAGUUCUUCAAAACGGUACGGACGAAGCUAGAGAAAACUCGGCUGCUACUUUGUUUAGUCUGUCGAUGUUAAACGAAAACAAAGUGAUGAUCGGUUGCUUAAAAGGGAUUCCACCGUUGGUCAAACUGCUACGAAACGGGUCAAUCAGAGGUAAAAAAGACGCUGCCACCGCAUUGUUUAAUCUUUCACUAAACCAAUCAAACAAAACCCGAGCGAUCAAAGCUGGGAUUAUCGAGCCGUUGCUUCAUCUUUUGAAGGAACGGUCGUUAGGGAUGGUGGAUGAGGCUCUUUCGAUUCUGGCGCUUCUUGCAAAACAACCAGAAGGGCAAAGUGGGAUGGGUCAGUUAUCGGUUAUCGAGACGCUUGUCGGGUUCGUGAAAGACGGGACCCCGAAGAACAAAGAGUGUGCAACUGCGGUUCUUCUGGAGCUCGGGUUGAAUAAUUCUUCGGUGAUAUUGGCUGCACUGCAGUAUGGUGUUUAUGAUCAUCUUGUGGAGUUAAGUAAAUCUGGAACAAGUAGAGCUCAAAGGAAAGCUAAUGCACUUUUGCAACAAAUGAGCAAAUGUGAGCACAUUCUAUAAUCUCUUCCAAACAACAUAUUACAUAUGCCAAUUUGGGUUCUGUUUUUUUUUUUUUUUUUAAUAAGUAAUUUUUUAUUAAAAUACGUUCCGGGGCUAAAACUUAUUUAUUUGGUUCCCUAUUGUUUGAUGGUUCUGAUUUGAAUCUCCCACUAUAUAUAUAAGUGUAUAUGUACGAUAUUAAUAAGAAUUAAUUUGAUUUCUUA